CUCGACCCUCACGGCUCUCCUUCCAACCUUCCUUUAAUCUUAGUUUCCCAACUUUUUAUGAGCGUUCAGAACCUCAAUACUUUCGAUCCCUUUGCUGACGAAGGGGACCCGCUUGCUGAUACUCAAGACGUUGGCUCUACCACCGAUUACAUUCACAUCCGUAUCCAACAACGAAAUGGAAGGAAGACCUUGACCACCCUUCAGGGCUUGCCCAAACAAUAUGAUCCCAAGAAGCUCUUGAAGGCAUUCAAGAAGGAAUUCGCCUGCAACGGCACUCUCGUUGAAGAUGAAAAGAUGGGACAAGUCAUUCAGCUUCAAGGCGACCAGCGUGCGAAGAUUUCCAACUUCCUCGUCGAGAAUGGCCUAGACAAGUCCACCAUCAAGGUGCACGGUUUCUAAAACUCGAGCCCUCACCAAGUUCCUGGCCAUGCUCAUCGCCAGCGGUGUUCCUGUUUCGAGUUUCCUACCUGGAAUCGUGACCGCGUCGCACCUCUUCUUCACCACUCUCCAGGAUCCGCCCCCUGGCGUGAUCCAAUGAAUCCACCACCUACCUCCCUCAAGUGGGGGUUGUACCGCGCAUCCAACUGACGAACGGAAUCGAUCACGAGCAAUUGUUCUGUAUUAUUCUUUUUAUUUUAUUGCCUACCUUUCACCAUGUACUUCAUACGAUCUUAUAUUCAAUCAUUUGAAG